AUGCAGCCAGCUUUUGACCUCGAUGAGAGCCGCGCCAGCACAGGCAUGUCUCACCGUACCUUUUGGAUGGAGCUCAUCGACCAUAAUGGCAAGGCAACCUACAACUCGGACCCAUCCUCGUACCAGGUCUUUCGCAACGUCAAGGAUUUUGGCGCCAAAGGAGAUGGUGUUACUGACGACACGGCUGCUAUCAAUCAAGCAAUCAGUCAGGGCAAUCGCUGUGGCCAGGGAUGUGGCAGCUCCACCGUCUCACCUGCCCUGGUCUACUUCCCAUCCGGCACAUAUCUCGUCUCUUCUCCCAUCGUCUCUUACUACUAUACGCAGCUUGUGGGCAGCCCGAUCGAUAGACCCACUCUACUUGCCUCCCCCACCUUCUCAGGCCUUGCAGUAAUUGACGAGGAUCCAUAUGACACCCUCGGCCAGAACUGGUACAUCAAUCAGAACAACUUCUUCCGUGCGGUAUACAACCUGCGCAUAGACCUCACGCAGAUGCCGGCUUCGUCUGGCACAGGUAUUCACCACCAGGUGAGCCAAGCCACCGGUCUCUUCAACGUUCACUUUGAAAUGCGCCAGGACGCCGAGAACAACAAGCAGCAAGGGGUGCUCAUGGAGAACGGCAGCGGUGGCUUUAUGACCGACCUCACCUUCCGAGGCGGCAAAUACGGCUGUAGCCUCGGAAACCAACAGUUCACUGUACGAAACCUUUCCUUCGAAAAUUGUCACACGGCGAUCUCCCAGGUGUGGAACUGGGGGUUCUCGUAUCAUGGCAUCAAGAUUCGCAACUGCUCAUUAGGCUUGGAAAUGCUUACGAGCCCCAAUCCAGAAUCAGGCAGUCAAGGCGCUGCAUCCGUCUUGGCGUACGACUGGAGUCUCUCUAAUGUCGACACUGCUUUCAACAUCACAACUUGCGACUCGGGCACUUUGAUUCUGGACAAUAUCUCGAUAAAAAAGGUCGGUGCUGUGGUAAGAUCUGGAUCAGACUCAGUUCUGCUGGCGGGCUCCGAUGAAUCCAGCAUGAUCGACAGUUGGGUGCAAGGCUCUAUUGUGCAAGGCAAGCAGCCAUUACAGGACGUCCAAAGCGUGUCGACAGUCGAAAUAUCAAGGCCGACAAGUCUGAUCAAGGCAGGCAGCACCACGGAGCCAUGGUUCAGUCGCAGUCGUCCUCAAUACAAAUGGGCGAAGGUUUCGCACUUUGCUAACGUCAAGGACCUCGGUUGUGCUGGAGAUGGCACCACCGACGACUCGGAAGCCCUCCAGCAAAUCCUGAAUGACAGCGCUGGGGAAAAGAUUGUCUACGUGCCACACGGAACUUACUACCUCGAGUCGACGGUGACGUUUCCGCCAGGGACGAGGAUGGUCGGUGAAGUCUGGCCGGUCUUGAUGGGCGGCGGCUCGCUUUUCCAGAACGCUUCCGACCCUCAACCCGUCAUCCGCGUUGGAAGCCCGGGCGAUUCCGGGAUCAUGGAGAUUUCAGACAUGAUUUUCUCGACCAGAGGACCUGCUGCCGGUGCCAUCGUGGUCGAGUGGAACAUCCGAGACGAGGAGGGCAAUCAAGGCUCGGCUGCUCUCUGGGAUAGCCAUAUCAGGGUCGGGGGUUUCGCCGGUACCAACCUUGAGGCAGACAAUUGUGCCGGCAACAAGCCGUUGAACAAAGACUGUCGUGCCAGCUUCCUCAACCUUCAUCUGACGACCAACUCGAGCGCCUACCUGGAAAACAUGUGGGUGUGGACGGCCGAUCACGAUCUCGACUACGGGGAUCACGGGCAGGUCAACCUUCUCUCGGGACGUGGCAUUCUCAUCGAAGCGGCGCAAGGUCCGAUUUGGAUGUAUGGCUGCGCCUCGGAGCACGCCAUCCUAUAUCAGUGGAACAUUGUGGAUGCCAGCAAUGUCUUCAUCUCCUUGGCGCAGACUGAGACCGCCUACUUCCAGGGCACGGGUCGGGCUGUUGCUAGUGCCGAAGAGCCACUUUCCAUCGACACGUAUCACGACCCUAACUUCAACCUUUCGUCCGCUCAAUCGCCCAACUCACCCUUCCAAGACCCUAGCGACCCGUAUGAGAAUCGUGGCCUCGGCAUGCGCAUCGCAAGCAGCACCAACGUAUUUGUCUACGGAACGGGCCUAUACUCCUUCUUUGACAAUUACAACCAGAGCGAGGUCUCAGCUCGCAGGUCGCAAAGGAUGAUUCUCUGGCUUCAAGACUUGGACAACGAUGCCAACGUAUGGGUGCUCAAUCACAACACUGUCGGUGUCGAGGAGAUGGUGACUGUCGACGGUCAGCAGGUCGUUGAUGAAGGGCCUCUUCGGAAUGGGUUUGGCAAUUCACUGGCAGUAUGGACCGCUCAAAUCUAG